CCAGCUUACAGGCCUUUCUGGUUUCAUUUUCUUGGGCUGUUCAUUUACCUGUGGCGCGCCGCGCCUGGAAAUUGCAAGGGUAAUCGGCGCAGGAUGACCUUUAAUUACGGUUUUUUUGCCUAUGGCAGAAUAUUGAAUCCCACAUCUAGACAGAACAUGUCUCACUCGACACCAUCUUUCUGCAAUGCUGAGUUGGAGAGGGCUCUCAAGGAACAGGGCUUUGCUGUUCACAGCUACGCAAUUACGAGUUCUUCACCACGACAAGCUUCGGCUUCGGUGGUUCUGCUAGAAGGUCGCCGCCUUACGAUCACUUUGACCACCCAGGGAUACUCGAUCGACAAUGGCAAAGCCAGCAGCAGAAACGUCUACGAGACGCUGGAAAAUCUGCUUCAAUGUGUGAGCCCUAUGUACAAUCAGAGGCGACAAGAAGCCUUGUUUGCGGCCCUUGAAAAGCUUCAAUGAGCGUGAAGCCUUUGCGUUGUUGACCAAAUCGACCGAUGGAUUCCAUGCGUUGUAAUAUAUAACAAGCGCUGUAAACUGAGGACCACAAGCGUCAUUUUAGAGCUUGAUCACCCACCCAUUUCUGCGUUAUAGACCCUGCCUUCAAUCCACCU